AUGGAUCAGAGCGAAUCAUAUCUGAAGGCGGAGGCGGAAAAGAUGGCGGCGAUAUUGUCUUUGUCCGAAGCUGCCAAAAAGAUGGAUCCCUCACAUAUUUCAGUUUAUCCCUGGUUGAAGGAAGUGGCCCUUGCAAUAGAUGGUAGUUUUACAGAUGAUAUUAUUGUUGCAAAAGCACUGGAACAGAUAUUCACUUUUUCCUUGGAAUUAGCUGGUCGACAAGGAAAUCCUGCUCUAGCCAGUGAAGCUACAGCAAUCCUCAUCAAUGUUUUGAAACAAAACGUUGAUUGCUUUAAGCAAUGGGAUGUUCUCUACAUGGAGCAUUUUGAAGCUAGCGCUGCUCUUCUUAAAAAGCUUGUACACGAAUGGAAGGAUCUUUACUACAUACUAUCAUCAUCGGCUAUUGAUACUCACACUGUCAAGAAUGCUCUCAACAGCUUCAGGAUGAAGAACAAAAAAGCCAUCGCUGAAGGAGUAGCCAAUCUUUCUCUUUACAAAGAAGCUGACAAGGCGUGCAAGAUACUCUCACGCAAACUGAUCUCCUGGAGAGUCUCACGUCCCCCCGGAUUGGCACCACCCUUAACCAAAAGGUGGGAGGAAACUGAAAAGAUGGCGGCGAUAUUGUCUUUCUCCGAAGCUGCCAAAAAGAUCGAUCCCUCACAUCUUUCGACUUUCCUCGACGAAUUAUUGAUUGGUUGUGAUUGGUGGGUUCAUGAAGUACAGAUAUCGAAAUUAUGGAAAUUAGUCGAUUACUAUGGGAUUGCACUCUCCCAAAUAUCCUUUCAAUCCGUCGUCAACAUGUUCGAGGAGGCUCCUUUAUCCAAGCUCGCUCAUGUUCCUUUAUCUCUUAUUCCUACGCCUGCCUACGUAAUAUCAAACGAUUACAUCAGAACAUUUCCGUCUAAGGCACUAACUGACUUUGUACAGUCGGCCUCUCAUCUCAUUCUCACUGAAUGGCGGCGUGGAGUUGUCGAAGAAGUUGUACGUCCUAAUGCUGAAAAAUCUAAGGUGGGAACCUUUGUUGUGUUAGCCAUGGUGUUGCCUUUCGAACCUGCUGCUUUGACUAUCCUUUUGACAGAGCUGAGGGAUACAUCUAAAUAUCAAGGCCAGGACACUCUCCCGGUUCUAGUUUGGAUGGUGGCUCAGACCUUCCCAGAAGAUAUAAUUGGUGCCUUUCAAUCGUGGGCAUGCGACUUGCUGCCACUAGUCGCUAAUAACGAGGAGUGCUACAGCUCCCGCUCACUUGAUUUCAUCCUGCAGAUUGUUGAGAUGCUUUUGUCAAGGUGUCCGGAAGCUCCGACAUUAUUCCGAAGCACAGCUGUUGGAAAUCAGCAUAGAGAGAGGCUGAUUCCACCUUGUUCGUUUGAGAUCUUGGUGCGGCUUACAUUCCCUGCUCCAUCCGCUAGAGUAGAGAAAGCAACAGAGAGGUUUGAGGCAAUUUAUCCCUGGUUGAAGGAAGUGGCCCUUGCAACAGAUAAUAUUAUUACAGAUUAUAUUAUUACAGAUGAUAUUAUUACAGAUGAUAGUGCAAAAGCACUGGAACAGAUAUUCACUUUUUCCUUGGAAUUAGCUGGUCGACAAGGAAAUCCUGCUCUAGCCAGUGAAGCUACAGCAAUCGCCAUCAGUGUUUUGACCAAAGACGUUGAUUGCUUUAAGCUAUGGGAUGUUCUCUACAAGGAGCAUUUUGAAGCUAGCGCUGCUCUUCUUAAAAAGCUUGUAGACGAACGGAAGGAUCUUUCCCACAAACUAUCAUCAUCGUCUAGUGAUACUCUCACUGUCAAGAAUGCUCUCAACAGCUUCAGGAUGAAGAACAAAAAAGCCAUCGCUGAAGGAGUAACCAAUCUUUCUCUUUACAAAGAAGCUGACAAAGCGUGCAAACGGAUCUCCAGGAGACUCUCCAGGC